GAAUUGGAUUUGGGUACAUCCCUAUUAUCUAUGGAUUUAUCUGAUGUGGCCCUUCUGGACACCACAUCGAUGAGUUGUUCGACACCCCAGAAAUGAGUUUGAGAGAGUCUCCGCUUAAAUGGCAGCUUGGGCUGAUAUUGUUCAACAUAAGGAUUCCUUGCAUAGAGAUAUCGAUAGAUUGGAAACCAUCAAAGAGCUCAUUCAAAAGAGAAAGUUCAAAUCAUUAGAGAAAUAGCUGAAUAAAUUGGAAUUGCCAAAGACAGAAAGCAAAAUCGGAGAGCCUAUUUUGGCAGAGUUCAGACAAAAACUGUAAGGACUAAGCAAUCCAGAAACUGCUGAUGAAUGUGAAGCAACCUUACUAAAAUUAUGCAUCUAUCUUCUCAAAUAAUUUAACAGUUGCAGAUAACAAUGCCAAUCUAGCCCUGUGACAGUCAUUAAAAUCAAAGGAAAGAUCAAGGACUUAUAAGUCGUCCAAUAAGGCUGUGGAUAACCUGCACCAUGUGAAGAUGAACCAGGAGUACCUGAUGAACCUGUCCCAGAAGUCCCAGAAGUACCAGAAGAGAAAGGUCCCGAAGAAAAGGAUGUUCCACCUGAAGUUGAACCACAACCACCUACUCCACCUGGAGAAGAAGAUAAACCAGAAAUCCCAGAUGAGAAAGGUCCAGAAGAAAAAGAAAUUCCACCUGAAGUUGAACCACUACCACCUGCCCCACCUGGAGAGGAAGAUAAACCAGAAAUCCCAGAUGAAAAAGGCCCUGAAGAGAAGGAUGUUCCCCCUGAAGUUGAACCUUUACCACCUGCUCCACCAGGAGAGGAAGGAAAACCAGAAAUUCCUGAUGAAAAAGGCCCUGAAGAGUAAGAUGUUCCCCCUGAAGUCGAACCAUAACCACCUGCUCCACCAGGAGAAGAAGGCAAACCAGAAAUCCCUGAUGAAAAGGGUCCAGAGGAAAAACAUGAAGAAGGUGAACCUCCUGUUGAACCACCUGUUGAACCAAGUCCUGAAGAGAGUCCUGAGGAAGAAGGAGAGAUUCCUGAUGAACCACCUGUCAAUCCAAAUCAUGAAGAAUCACCUGAAGAAUCAACAGAAGAAUGGGUUGAAGAAAUUGAAGAGGAAUUCGAAGAAUUUGAAAAACCACCUAUUGUUGCUCCUCCUAUUGAACCACCCAGUGCUGCUGAAAAGGCUUGUUUGAAUUCACCACUCCAUUAAUCAAUAAAUAAUUGGAAGGUGAUGAUUUAAAUGGCUUUAAGCUUAUCCAACAUUCUUGGUUCAUGGAAUGAUAAUCUGAAAAGAUAUUUCGUUGCAAGAGUUUCUGAAUCUGAUCACACAACCAGUGAAGUUACUGAUAGUGCCUUGAGCGUAUAUUUGACUAAAGAAGGUUUUGAAUUCUAAUCAUAUGACGUUUAUGGAUUAUCAACAACAGUAAUUUCAGUUGGGGACAUUGAAGGUAAAUGGAUUUAUGUUUAUUACUCAUAUUGCAAUGAAAAAGCAGUUGCAUUUGUAAAAGAUGGUGAAUCGGUAUAAUUGACUGAAGUCAUUGUUAUCCAUGAAAGACCAUCUCAAUUGUAUUUCUAAUUGGCAGGUAAACAAGGGGAUGCUCCAUCAUUCUAAGGUCAAUUCAGAUUGGUUUAAGCUAAUGUUGGUUAAAAUGUCUUCAUAGGAACUUUACCAGAAGCUAAUGAUUUCGUAUUUGCUUGCAAUCAGUUACCUGAAGAGAAAUGCGAAAGAUAGAUCUCAAAUCUUCAUGAUUUCGAAUUCCACGGUGCUGAUUCCUAAUUUGAUGCAUCAGCUGUCGUUGAGAAUGCUGACCCAAUUUAUGCUUAAGAAUACUCAGUUUCUGGUUGGUUCAAAUGGAAUCCAGUUCAAACUUCAGAAUCCUGGUAUUCAGCAUUCAGAUUGACAUUGAACAAUCUUGCAACCAAUCAAAAUUCAAAAGAAUUGGGAGAUAGAGAUUUGGCAUUAUUCGUCGGAAGUGAAAAGAAGGAUUCAGUCUUGGCUUUCACUACAUAUACUUACACAGACUUAUACGGCAAUGGUAACCCAACUUAUUGGUAAGCCAUCCCAUAUGAAAAGGAUUUGGUCCACUGGCAUUAUAUUUACUUCGGAUACAGCAGACACAUCUCCAAAGCUUAUGGUUAUGUUGAAUUUUUCACUAGAAAGGGAGAAGUGCACUUUGAAAAUGUCAAGCACUUUGAUGCUCCUCACAAAUACUUGUAUGUCGGACAAGAUCAAUUCUAUAAAUCUUACAGCGGUAAAAUCUUCAAUCUCCAUUACAACCUUUGUGAUGGUUCAUACAGAGAAUUGAAAUACGAUGAACAUUGGGGAUACACUCCUAAACCAACCGAUCCAGUCCCACCUCCUCCAGCUCCAGUUCCUGAAACACCAUCCGAACCUGCAAGUGAAGAAGAAUUUGUUGAACCACCCCUCCCAACAAUCCCAUCUGAACCUGAAGAUGAUGUUCCUUAUGAACCUGAACCUGAAGAUAAACCACUCCCACCUCCCUCUGAGAGUGAAGAAGAAACUCCAGUUGAACCCCCUGUCGAACCACCAGUUGAACCAGAAGAAGAAACUCCAGUAGAUCAUGAGGAAGAACCAGAAAUCCCUGAUGAACCUGUUCCUGAUCCAGCUCAUGAGGAAGAGCCAGAAGUUCCAGAGGAAACAUCUGAAUCAGAAGAAGAAACUGUUGAACCACCCGUUGAACCACCCGUUGAACCCCCUGCUGAACCCCCCGUUGAACCACCUGUUGAACCACCCGUUGAACCAGAAGCACCAUAACCACCUGCUCCAGUUCCUUAACCAAAAUGUCCACCAACCAUUGAAGUUAAUAAAGACAACGCUGCUGACAUUUUAUGUGAAUUAUCACACUAUUUGGGUGAAUUUGCUUAAGGCCAUGUACCAGUUGCUGGACCAAGCACCAAGACUGUUUGCUUCUGCAUGACUUACAAUGGAGAUUAUGCUCCACCAACUUUAUUGCAAUUGGCAUCAAAGAUUCCAGGACAUAUCCAAAUGAACGAAGCUAAAGUUGCAGUUCCAUUAUUGAAGAAAUUCAUCAAACAAAGAUAAUGA